AUGCUCACCAUCAACACUCACCAUCAACACUCACCAUCAACACUCACCAUCAACACUCACCAUCAACACUCACCAUCAACACUCACCAUCAACACUCACCAUCAACACUCACCAUCAACACUCACCAUCAACACUCACCAUCAACACUCACCAUCAACACUCACCAUCAACACUCACCAUCAACACUCACCAUCAACACUCACCAUCAACACUCACCAUAAGUAG